CGUAUUGGAGUGGGAGUUUCGUCAUCAACAAAACAAAACCCUUUAAAAAAUAUACUGUUACAAUUAAGUGAUUAAAAUGAGCAUAAUAUUAACUCGAAAACAUAAUAAAACGUGCUUUAUCAGUAUUUAUUAACAUGUAACGUCGUAGUCAGUCUAUGGUCCUCCAGUUUGGUAGCAAAUAAAGUAUGUCCGGAGGAGAGAAAAAGAAGAAAUGCACUCGAUCACGGGGUUGGGAGGAGGCAGGGGCAGAAUUUUACCAGGAAAGUUAUCCUGGGGAUGCAGAUAUGGAAGCAAUAUGGAAAGAUCCCAAGAGGUUGGCUACUUUGCUGCCGAGCAAGCAAACUAGAGCAGUUGCUGCAACUAUUCGACUUAGAACAAACGACACAAGAACCAGUAGAAGCACAAGAACUAAUAAAAGCACAGUACGAAGACACACACAAAAUAGGUCUCACAGAAGAGAUUCUACAGUUCAUAGAAGGGCUUCCACAAUUGGUGGAGAUGUGCAAGUUUCUAUGUUGCCAGAUUUAUCAGAGAUGAGAUCCAAUGAAGAAACAGCCUGGGAAGAAAUUAUGAAAAUUAAAGAGUUACCAAUUCCAAUGUCUAAAAAAAGGGAAGAAAAGGCAAAAAUUAUGAGCGAACAACACUUAAGGCUUCAGGGAUUCGAACAAUUCCGUUGGAAACGUAAAAAGGCAUGGCAACAAUUCACCACCAGGAUAACCGAAACAUAUCAAAAAAUGGAAUUGUGGAGGCGAGAUCUGAAACACAUUGAGGGACAUUUCGGAACUGGUGUGGUGGCCUUUUUUCGCUUCAUUAAGUGGCUACUAUUUCUUAAUUUGUUUAUUUUACUGUUAGUUUUAUUUCUGAUAGUUUUACCGACGAUUUUCUUGGAUGAUAGAAAAGUCGAUUGUGACAAACUGGAAAAUUGCUAUGACAAGUAUUUUUGUGGUAUAAAUAAAUCGCAUAUGGCGUUAAGUAUCAUACAAGGUACGGGUCAACUGGAAGGAACACCGCUUUUUUAUGGCUUUUACCCUCAUGAAGUAAAGAGGUAUUCAAUUAUUAACACUGAUAUGUACUACAACAUUCCUUUGGCAUAUAUUUUGACCACAGUUACAUAUUUUUUAAUAUCUUUAGUAGCUAUUGUUAGGACUGGAGCGAAAGGAUUUAGGGAACGAUUGGUGCAAGGUGAAGGUCAGUUCUAUCAAUAUUCUAACCUGAUUUUUGGGGGAUGGGAUUUUUGUAUUCACAACGAAAAGAGUGCUAGAAUUAAGCAUAAAGCUAUAUUCACUGAAUUAAAGACUCUGUUAGAAACGGAACGUAUGGAAGAAGAGCGGCAAAGUAGAACGAGACAAGAAAGAUGGAGGAUUCUAUUUUUAAGGUUUCUAGUUAACUCGACUGUUUUAGCUGUUUUAGCAUUAAGUGGUGGGGUGAUCUAUUUUGUUUUCAAUUAUGCAACUCAGCAACUAAAAGAUUUAAAUGUUACCAACAAUGAAACGAAGAUGCUCCAACUUUUGUAUGAGUUUUUACCCUCAAUUUGUAUAGUAGCCCUUAACAUAUCUGUACCAUUUAUAUUUCAAUUUUUGCUUUCGUACGAACAGUACAGCCCUCUAGUACAAAUCAGAAUGGCGUUAAUACGAACGGUUUUUCUACGACUAGCGGCUCUACUUGUCUUUUAUGUUUCUAUGUACAGCAAAAUUCGGUGUGUCGAUACUGCAGUGGACGCAAACCAAGAUUCUUGCUAUGUUUGCGAAGGCCGGCCUGAAUGCUGGGAGACAUUCGUUGGACAGCAAAUCUACAAGUUGCUUUUAACUGAUUUUGCAGUUCAACUAGGGAUAACGUUUGUUAUAAAUUUUUUACGUAGCCUGCUUGCAAGGCAUGUAGGAAAUAAAUUCAUUAGAUUCAUAGGAGAGCAAACUUUUGAUUUGCCUAAACAUGCUCUCGAUGUUGUUUACACGCAAACUCUUUGCUGGAUAGGAAUAUUUUUUGCACCUCUUCUCAGUGGCAUAGCUUUUGCCAUAUUUUUCUUACUAUUUUAUGUCAAGAAGUUUGCCUGUUUAAUUAACUGCAAGCCCAGCGGUAUAGUAUAUAGGGCCUCUCGGUCAACAUCAAUGUUUAUGGUUGUUACACUGGUCUCAUAUGCGGUGGCAUUAUUCCCGAUUGCUUAUACUUUCUCAGAAGUGACUCCUAGUGUUUCUUGUGGUCCUUUUCGAGGGUUAACGAAAAUCUGGUCUCUGGUAGAAAACGCUUUUAUGGAUACUCCGCAGCUAGUUCAAAAUAUAAUUAGUUUCUUAACUACCCCCGGGUUUACUUUGCCUGUAUUUAUUGUACUGCUCCUACUGUUGUAUUAUUACACAGCGGUAAAUUCGGCAAACAGACACAUGGUAACUGUGCUGAAAAAUCAGCUGGUUUUAGAGGGUCACGAUAAGAAGUUCUUAAUAGAUAGACUGUUAAUGUUUAUAAAGCAAGAAAAUGACAAAAGGGCAAGGCUAGCAAAUCGUAUGAUGGACGGUGAUACUAUCACUAACGUAAGUAGUAUUCAAUCGUAGAUCUUGUAUAUAUGUACAUAUUUUUCGGACCCAAGUGACCAAAUUCCGCUUAAAUUUUGUCAUCCAUAUAAAUGUGAUAUUUCAUUAAAUUAUAGCAUAGGUUUUAAAUUAGUUUUCGUAUGUGUGUUUUACCUUUGCAAUUUGUUAUGAUUGAAUGCUUACAUUUGGAUUUCUUCUAAAUCACCCAAACUAAAAAUGUAGGAAUAUUCGCUCGAGCUUUUUAUACCAAAUCACCAAAAUUAUCGUUUUUCAGGGUUCCAUCGGUAGAUAUAUUUAGAUUGUCGUUCGUCCAUUGGUAUUUUUGGGUUGCAAUAAAAUGCUUUUUUUAAUUUUAAAAUGAUAAACGAUCUCAAUGCCAGCUUUUUUUAAAUAAAUUUUACAUGUGUUAACUGUAAAUAUUACCUUCAAGAGAUAUAAAUUGGAAUGUCAUAUUGAUUUUUACCUACUUAUUAUAGCAGAAACGUACAUUUAAGCUCAAAAGUAUUAUAAUCCAGUGCUCGCUUAACGUCCAUUUGUCAAAGUAAUUUUCCCAAAGAAAGCUCUACAAUAAGUACUUGUAGUACCUAAGUGUUAAAUAGUCCCAUAUACUCUUCCAUGAACUAACUAUCCACUACAUACUGUAUUUAUUAUUUCUAAGUAUUUUACGUUUCAUAAUAAUUAUGACUGACAAAAUGUUUUUAUAUACCUAUAGUCAUAAGCUCUUUAAAAACUAAAUUAAGCCAUAAUUUAAGAUUACUUGAUGUUUACUAUGUUUAAUUAAUGUUUACUACUUCCAAUUACGUUACGAACUAUUCUAGUCUUCGAUUAUGUCUUCGGUACUGUUAAGUAAAUAUUGAUUUGUAUUUAUUUUUAUGAUUUAAAUAAAUAUUUUAAGAUAAUAAAU